UUCAGUGGGUAUGACAUAUUCAAAUGAACUGAUCUUAGCUAUCUUUAACACAGUCACUAAAACUUAUACAAGAAAAUGUAAGUGUUGCUAGUUUUGUAUUAGUAAAGGCUGUUCAUGCAUGAAAUCUCAAAAGUAAAUUUCAACUGAAACAGUUAAUGGAAUUAAGGUUUGGGCCAAAUUAUGGAGUCACUUACAGACAGCAGACUGAGCAUGACUGAAUGAGGUAAAGGAAUGAUGACAAAUUAUGCAGAGAAGCAAAUUAGUAAACAAAAUAUAGGUUAGUGUAAUUCUUAUGUUUUACAGUGUGUGGGACGGGAGUUGGAACUCUUGACUGAAUCUCACCUGUGAUGUGCAGUUUUGUUUCUGAUCCUGUACAAAUCUGUUAUAAUAGAUUUAAAUUGUAACAGUGAAUCGGUGAAUUGACAUCUCUCUCUCUCUCUCUCUCUCUCUCUCUCUCUCCUCUCUCUCUCUCUCUCUCUCUCUCUCUCUCCUCUCUUUUUCUCUUAAGACUGUUAGACUGCCAGUCUCCUGAUUUUCUUUGCGCUUUUGCGUGAGGUUAACCUCAGAUUAUGUGCAUAUGUGUGAGUGUGUUAAUCUCUUGAUCAUUUUCUCUGUUUUUAUCUGUCCUUUUAAUAAGGUUUCCUUUUUCAUGUUCCUGCAAUUCUGACAAACAUUUUGCACUUUGAGCUGCUGUAAAAACCGCAGGUUAAAGUUUCACUGGUUUGUGUGUCGCGUGACUUGGCGGUACUUCCACUUUAUAAGACGCUGUAACGAUGAAAUAAGGACGCGUGUCGGCAGCAGAGCUGCUGGAGAAGACUGACCACACUGACCACGAGGAAGAGAGCAAAGCAUAAAAAAUGCAUAUAUUAAUUAGGAAAUUCCAGCCCUCAGACCAUGAGGCUGUGAGAGCUUUGUUUCGAGAUGGAAUCCAGGAGCACAUCAUCCCGUCCUUCACUCACGCCAUUUCUCAGCCACUCCACAUCACUGUGACCCUGUGCUUUUUCACUGUGGGCUAUAUACUGGGUGGAGGAUCAGUUGUCCUGGCCCUGCUGGCUGGAGGUUUGUGGAUAGGUCUGCUGUACUACUGCUGCUAUGAGUUCUAUGCUGGUUAUGUCCGAUUAAAGCUGAACACAGACAUGCAGGACAGUGCAGGCUUCUACCUCAGCAGUCCAGAUAACUGCUUCUGGGUUGCUGAGGCUGAAAUCAACGACCAACCUCAGAUCAUGGGUAUAGUGGCUGUGGAGGGCAAAGAACCUCCAGACGGUGGGCAAAAGUGUGGAGAACUUUUCAGAAUGAGUGUAUCGUCCGCAUCUCGCCACACUGGCCUCGGCUCGCAACUCGGUCAAACGGUCGUGAACUUUUGUAAAGAGCGAGGGUUCUCGAAGAUUGUGCUUCACACUAGUUCUACACAGUCAGCAGCUGUGGCUCUCUACUAUAAGAUGGGCUUUAAACUUGUGCAAACUCCUGAGGAAGCUGAAGCUCCUUGGUGGUUCCUCUGGCUGGUCAGAGUUUCACUCCUGAGGAUGGAGAAAAUCCUACAGCCAUGUAAAGACAUGUAGAUGAUCUCUCAUAAUCAAAUGUAAGUCUUUUUAAUACAGAAUUGGCUAGAAAACCUAGAAAACCUUUUCAUUAUUCAAAGGGUCCUUUUGAGUGUUCAUGGUUCUAUAAGGAACCCUUUUUUUGAUAAAAAAGAAAUCCUACUUGUUAAAGUCCUGCUUACUGUUAAACUAAUUAGGUUACCUUAAAUUCCUUGUAUGGUACAUUAGCAUGAAUUAAAACAGUCCUAUUCUAUUCUAUUCUAUUCUAUUCUAUUCUAUUCUAUUCUAUUCUAUUCUAAAUUCAUGAACUGUCAGCGAUUCAUUGUAUGGCCACCAGAGGUCUCACUCCCCGGAGUACUAGCCAUGUUCCCACCAAACCACAUGAGCCUAAUUUCUGUAAUCAGCCGCACCUUAAAUACUCCUCUCUUUCAGCCAAACAGCAUGAAGUGCUGUCUGUUCCCUUGCGUCUGCAUACUGAGAGUUUUUGGAUGAACUACCUGUAUUGUGUUUCUGACUCUCUGCCUAGACUUUUGGAUUUUUACCUUUUGCCCCUGUGUUUUGGAUGUUUGGUUUUUGGAUGGACUUACUGAUUUUGACCUGUUUUUUUAUGCCUUUUGACCAUGAGAUUUGUAUUGCCCCUUUAACUAUUAAACCUGCACAUGGAUUCUU